AUGAUGGAUCCCCCCCUCGCUUUCGAAAGGUGCUACCCUGAUCUGGGUGCGCUGCGCCUGCACUUCGACGUGAUGGACUCCACCCAGUUGUACUGCAAACGGAACAUGGCACGCCUUCUACAAAAUGGGAUUUUACAAGACGAAGAAAACAUGGUAGUGGUAACUUGCAACGAACAGACAAAUGGAAUCGGGACGAGAGACACGAAGAAGAAGCAAGACAGAGUAUGGAUAUCGGAAAAAGGAAAUAUUUUUACUACCUUUGUUCUUCUGUGGAAAAGAGAAGACAUAGAGAAGGUCAAGUACCUAGCACAAACCUCCACCGUGGCAGUGAGCAAAACAUUGGAGUAUUUCCAUUUGGUAACAAAGAUUAAGUGGAUUAAUGAUGUACUCGUGAACGAAAAAAAAAUAGCCGGUUGUCUUGUUAACUUAUACUACCUAGAUGAUUUCCCCGCGUUGUUAAACCGUUACGUUUGUGUGAUGAUUGGCAUAGGUAUCAACAUAACACUAACGGAUAAGAAUAACUUCCUACAUAACAACUACACUUCUCUACACAAGGAAUUACAAAGAGAUUUUAACACCUCGCAUCUAACCCCAUCAGUAGAGGAUGUUACGGAAAAGUUAAUUUACAAUUUGAAUGCAGUAUUGAUCAAAUUGAGAAAGGAGGGAUUCUCUUCCUUCCUGGAUUACAUAACGCCCAGGCUCCUGUACAAAGACAGGAAUGUUCUGGUCGAUACAGAUAAUGAGUUGAUAGAUGGGUACCUCCAAGGGAUGCUCCACGACGGCUCACUCUUACUUUUGCGUGGUAAAAACGAGCUCGUUCGCGUGAACACGGGGCAUCUGCGCCUCUUCGACGGAAGCUCCGGCUGA